AUGUCUGAACAGUCCGACUCGCAUCACAAAGGAGGCCUCGAGGGCAUGAUGGAUCGGAUCUUCCACCGCACCGGCCAUCCUCAAAAGGAAGAACACCAUGAUGAAGAUAAGAAUGACCAGGAGGAGCAUGGUCAUGACUCUAAGAAGAAGGGGAGCGAGAUGGACAAGUUCAAGGACUACAUCAAGGAAGAUGAAGAGCUCGAGGCAGAGGGCAAGACCUAUAGCAACUUGAUGUGA